AUUAUUUUAAAUACGCGCUGUACGCGGUUUAUUAUCAUAAUACGUGUGGUCUGAGUUCCCAAGAGAUUAACGUUUUUAAUUCGCGCUAGCGACUAAGCAUAAUGUCUCAGUGUUUUGCAGUAACAUGCCGCGUCGACCGUGGUUUCUAAAGAAAUUAUUGAGAAUGCCUCUUACCGAAUCCGGGGAUCAGUAUUCUAUAUGGGUUGGGUUGAUAUACAUUUUCAACCUCAUUGUUGGGACUGGUGCACUCACACUCCCAGCAGCCUUCGCUCGAGCAGGAUGGGGUCUUAGCACAAUAUCAUUGGUGUUCCUGGCAUUUAUGAGUUUCAUGAAUGCAACAUAUGUUAUAGAGACAAUGGCGUGUGCUAAUGCUGUGUUUAAGUGGAAGAGGUUGCAGUUUAUUAAGAGAAAUAGUAUUACGGAAAACGAAUCCGAUGAAGAACCAACUGCUCAAACCAGCUACAAUGAUUUGGAAGAUCCACUUGUAUGUGGGGAUACGAUACCCUCCCGCUACUACAGUCUCGAUAAACGCAUUGAACUGGGCGAAAUGGCAAACCUGUUCCUGAACAAAGCUGGACGGACUAUGUUCUACUGUACACUAUGCGUGUACCUUUACGGAGACCUUUCCAUAUAUUCAGCAGCAGUCGCGAAAUCACUGAUGGAUGUUAUUUGCUCAACAGUACCCGCGAACCUCACAAACUCUACAGACUGGGACAUACUACCGUGCUUCCAUAGUAACACAUCUGUGCCAACCUACACUCGCUUCGAUUGCUAUCGAGUCGCAUUAUUGACGUUCUUUGGAGCAAUGGGACCGUUUGUGUUCUUCAACGUGCAGAAAACCAAAUACCUUCAAUUGUUCACAUCUGGAAUGAGGUGGCUUGCAUUCGCCAUAAUGAUAUCGAUGGCGAUCCAUUUGCUCAUAGCGAACGGUCCUCAGGGGAAACCGCCAGCCUUCGACGUCACCGGGAUGCCCACUCUGUUCGGCGCUUGCGUUUACUCCUUCAUGUGCCAUCAUUCUCUGCCAGCCCUCAUUAGUCCUAUAAGAGGAAAGAGUCGUUUAGGUCUCCAUCUCGCUCUAGACUACGCGUUAAUAAGCGUGUUCUAUCUCCUUCUAGCUUUCACGGGCGCGUUCGCAUUUUCCCAUCUAAACGAUCUGUACACUCUAAACUUUAUACCGACAGAUAAUGAGAACGUAUUUUUGGAAAUUGUCGAGUAUUUCUUAGCGUUGUUCCCCGUGUUUACUUUAUCGACUAGCUUUCCGAUAAUCGCGAUCACUCUGAGGAACAAUUUGCAAAGCCUUUUCCUCGACACGAGUAGUUUAGAAUCGUAUAAUUUUGUUUUCAGGAAAUUGUUGUUUCCGAUAGUAGCUGUUGUACCGCCGUUGUUGUUAACUUAUUUUCUAGAAGAUAUAAGUAUGUUGAUUCGAUUUACCGGAUCGUACGCCGGUACGGGAAUACAGUAUCUAAUGCCCACCUUUCUUGUGCUCUCUGCAAGGCGGCACUGCACUUCUCUUCUGGGGUACGGUGUUAUAAAUAAAUAUAAGAGCCCAUUCUCGAAUAUGGCUUGGGCCAUUUUUGUGUUAAUAUGGUCGUUCGUUUGUAUUAUCCUGGUGUCAGUAGAUAUGUUUGAAAAGAAGUCAUGAUAUCGACACGUUUUGUAAAUUCAAAGUGAAAAGCGGAAUCUUUUUCCGAUAGUAGCUUUAGUGCGAGAUUGCGCGUGUCGGUCUGUCGGUGUCUAAAACUAUAUUAGCUAAUGCAAUAUUUUUUUGUAAAAGUUAAA